AACGGCACAAACUGCCGCUUUGAUAUCUGCGGUUCUUACCGGUCGGUGUGAGGAUUGACACUGAACUGUCCGUGUUUGAUUUGAAUGAUUUUCCUCCGUUGUUUGUCGAAGUUUCCUACUGUCGUGUUUCAGUUACGGACCUUUAUCUGGACUGUCUCUGGGAUUAAUCGUCUUAAUGCAACACUAAAUAAUUAAAGCGCUACUUUGUGUGCGCGGCUGUUUGGAGUGUUGUGGACCUGCCCUCGCCAUGGGGAAGUAGCGGGGAUAUCUCUGUCUUUAACAUCGGUUUUAAAACACACAACUCAGUUUUUCACUAGCAAAAAUGAGCAUGGAUGGUUGUCCGUUAAAAGUGGCGAUUCUUCUGUGGUGCCUGCUGGUGAUUUCAGGCUUCAGCUUUGAGAUAGACUCCUACGAUCUGGAGCGAGGCAGACCAGCCAAGUGCGAGCCCAUCGUGAUCCCCAUGUGCCAGGGGAUCGGAUACAACCUGACCCGCAUGCCCAAUUUCAUGGACCACGACGACCAGAACGAGGCUGCCAUAAAGCUGAACGAGUUUGCCCCACUGGUGGCUUACGGCUGUGACGUGCACCUCCGUUUCUUCCUCUGCUCCCUCUACGCCCCCAUGUGCACGGACAAAGUGUCGACCUCCAUCCCCGCCUGUAGACCCAUGUGCGAGCAGGCCAGGGAGAGGUGUGCCCCCAUCAUGAAGAAGUUCAGCUACACCUGGCCGGACUCGCUGGACUGCUCCAAGCUGCCCACCAGAAACGACCCCAAUGCUCUGUGCAUGGAGGCCCCCGAGAACGAAACCAGGGUGGAGGGUAAGAAAGGUGAAGGCAUGCUUCCAGUGCCCCCUCGGCCCAGGCAGCCGGGUGCCAACGGCGGCCGCUCACCGGGCAGCGUAGGCUCUUGUGAGAACCCAGACAAGUUCCAGUUUGUGGAGAAGAGCCAGUCAUGUGCGCCACGCUGCUCUCCAGCUGUAGACGUCUUCUGGUCCAGACAGGACAAGGACUUUGCCUUUAUUUGGAUGACAUUGUGGUCCAUCCUGUGCUUUGUCUCCACUGCCUUCACCGUCCUGACCUUCCUCCUGGAGCCUCAUCGUUUCCAAUACCCUGAGCGGCCCAUCAUCUUCCUUUCUAUGUGCUACAACGUUUACUCUGUGGCCUUCAUCAUCCGCUCUGUGGCUGGAGCAGAGAACAUCGCCUGCGACCGUGAGCACGGUGAGCUGUACAUCAUCCAGGAAGGGCUGGAGUCCACCGGCUGCACCAUCGUCUUCCUCAUCCUUUACUACUUUGGUAUGGCCUCUUCUAUCUGGUGGGUCAUCCUCACCCUGACCUGGUUCCUGGCUGCAGGGAAGAAGUGGGGCCAUGAGGCUAUUGAAGCCCACAGCAACUACUUCCACAUGGCUGCUUGGGGCAUCCCUGCCCUGAAGACCAUCAUCAUCCUCACGAUGAGGAAGGUGGCUGGAGAUGAACUGACAGGGUUGUGUUAUGUGGGAAGCAUGGACUCUGGGGCGCUCACUGGCUUUGUCCUCAUCCCCCUCUCCUGCUACCUGAUCAUCGGCACCUCCUUCAUCCUCACGGGCUUCGUGGCUCUCUUCCACAUCCGCAAAGUGAUGAAGACAGAGGGCACCAACACGGAAAAGCUGGAGAAGCUCAUGGUGAAAAUCGGCAUCUACUCCAUCCUCUACACUGUACCGGCCACCUGCGUCAUAGUCUGCUACUUCUACGAGAGGCUCAACAUGGACUACUGGAAGUUGAGGGGGCUGCAGAUGAAGUGCGGCUCCUUCAGCAGUCACAGCGGCGACUGCUCCCUGCAGACAUCUGUGCCCACCGUGGCCGUGUUCAUGCUGAAGAUCUUCAUGUCGCUGGUGGUCGGCAUCACCAGCGGGGUUUGGGUGUGGAGCUCUAAGACCCUGCAGACCUGGCAGGGCCUGUGCAGCAGGAAGCUGACUGACAGGACUAGUAGCAGGAAACCCUGCAGUGGCAUCAGCUGCAGCAGCACGCACUGCCACUACAAAUCUCCCGCUGUGGUUCUGCACAUGGCCAAGACUGAGCUGCACUCAGACAACCCCACACAUGUCUGAGCACAUGCACUCACACUGCCAAAUGCAAUCACAUGCACUCACAAACACCCACAUGUACACCUAUGCCCUGUCUAAGGAGCUGCUACAGACUUUAAAAGAAGAUGAGUGUUUGAAUUAAACUGUCAGUUUCUGCUCUGCUGCUGCCAAGGGACACACAGGUACAGGCAUCACUAUCUAUAAACAGUGUUCAAUGCAUAAAUGUUCAGUAUUGUUACUCGUGCUUUUCUGUUCAUAGUGUUCUGUGUAGUAGACAUGUCCACUGUUGCAAAGCAAAAAGCAAACAAACAAACAAAAAAGAGUGGAUGAGGAGGCAUCUUGGGAAAUAUUAGUCUGUUCUCCUCCUGGAAAAGAGGCAUGAUUAACUGUAUAAAUCUGUAUAAAUGUUCUAUUUAUUGUAAAUAUAUUUAAUUUAAAGUUCACCUUAGCUCUUUUUGUUUCAAUGCAUUUGUUAAAGGUCAAGGGAAAUGAAGUGCCUUUUAUAAGAACUGGU